AUGAGGCAACACCAACGUCAAGCUCACGGCCCUCAGCCAAAGAAAGCACCAUUACAGUGGAUUUCUUGGAACGAAAUGAUGAUUCCUGGGAAUCGUAAGCGGAACGAGAAAAAUUGUUGGAAACCAUUAGAUCAAGUAUUGAAGGAUGGAAAACUGCUUGAGCAGCAACAACAACAAGCGCCACCUGCCUCUCCCGCUCCAUCAGAACACAGUGCAACAACCUUUGACGGCGACGAUGCCGUCUUUAGCCCAUCUUCGGCUAGUGUCCGACUACCUACACCUGUUAUGCCUUCACCCAUUCCUAAAUCCAGUCCUUAUUAUUAUCAUAAGCAAUUGCCACCCCAACAACAGCCCUGGUUACCUUCAAUCUUUAAAGAACAUUCACUCCUUUAUCCUCCUAUCACAGAUUCCAAUAUACCAAUAUUUUUAGGUUAUUCUCAUCAGCAACCAUACGACUUUAUUUAG